AUGGGAAGAAAGAAAGCAAACAGUAAAGGGCUCAAUGCAGCAUCCGGAUCACAAGGACAAAUUUCCAUGACGCUGAGGGAAGAGUCAACUGGGAAGAAACAUGGCAAUCUGAAUGCGCAGACCAUGUUGAAACUCGAUUACAUGAAGGAGAUUGCUAUAUGGGCUAGUGUAGAAGCAAAGAUUCCUCCGCUUGGUGCUUUGUAUGGCCGGCAGUUGGCUGCCUCCUAUGAAGCGUUGGGCAUUCCUCCUGACCCUUCUCUUUUCUUUUGCGAAAGAUGUGAAUCUAUCCUUGAACCUGGUCAAAAUUGUACAAUUCGGAUUGAGAAGAACAAGGCGAAAACCAAACGUAGACGCAAGAAAAUGAAGAUUUCCACAAAAAAUAAUGUGGUUUACACAUGUAAUUUCUGUUCUUACCGAAAUAUUGUGAGAGGAACUCCAGAAGGCUAUAUGAAAGAGAUUUCUCAGUCAAAAGCUGAACGACUUUCAGACUCCAAUCCUGCUAAAUCUGAAGUAGCAUAUACUAAUAUUGAGGCUAAUGAGGUGAAAAAUACGGUUGGUUUACCUAUAGCAACAGCUGUAGAGGGACCUAACACAAUCAUUGAAGUAUCAUCUACUGAUAUUAAGGCUAACGAGGUGAAGAAUAUGGUUGAUUUACCCAUAGCAAGAGCUGUAGAGGGACCUAGCACAAUUAUUGAAGUAGCAUCUACCAAUAUUGAGGCUAUUGAGGUAAAGAAUACAGUUCGUUUACCUGUAUCAACAGUUGUAGAGUGUACUAGCACAGUUAGUCCAGCAACUCCAUUAUUGGAAUCGAUGAGGAGGAAAAGAAGUAGAUCGAGCAACAAGAAAGUCUCUCAAAGUGGAAGUAGCCAUGUUAAUGCUAAUGCAGAGAACAUUGUUAGUGCGUCGAAGAAGAGGAAGAGAAAAUCUUGGACAAGUUUGAAGGACAUUGUUGAGAAUAGCAAGAACAACGAUGUUAACGAGAAGCUUACCAACUUAACAAUUUCAUCUUAA